AUGCGGUGUGGUGCCCUAUGGUUCUGGUUGGCACUGGAAAGCGUCCGUUCGUUUGAGACGCAGAGCACUUGGGUUGCCAACAACGCCACCGGUUGCUUGGACGAUCCUUAUUACUUUGAUGUCUUCUUCCUCAACUUGGGGCGUGGCACCUGCCGCCUGAGUGAGUACGACACGUCAGGGAAUGGAUAUGGCACUGCAUGGAGGCCAUCACCUACACCUCCCACCCUGGAAGAAUGUCUCUCGCUGUGCUUCUCCCUGAGCUACUGUACCGCGGCGGAGUUUCGCACCACGACCGGUCCCACCCAACUCUUGGCCGAAAGGACGGUGGGCUAUUUGAGGGGCUCCGGCAGCUACGUUUGCGUCUCGCAGAAGGAGGUGGACUGCUCCUAUUUUGUGGGCAAGAACUGUACUGCAGGCAGGACCGGCUCUGGCGCCUUCCCGUAA